UAGCUCAUGUUUAUGCCAGCGAUAAAAAUAUAAUGGAAAUCUCAAGUACAUGGAUAAUAUAGUCAGCACUUGCUUUUUCCCCCCCAUUAUGUCUCUCUUAGUAACCAGAGCUAUCAAGUGUAAUAGGUAGGGAGACCAUAUGCUAUAUUAAAUAUUUGAUCCCUGCAGUAAUUCAUUUCUACAGCCAAAGUGACCUGAGGCAUGACACACAGCUUCUGCAGAAUCACUUAUUUUGGAACUGAGAUUCAGAAAAUGUGUGUUUGUUCGCUGUACUAACAUUUCUGAGAAAACACCUUUCACCCGAGUUCCAGUCAAGAAAAUUGAAUUUAACCUACCUUUUACCUUUUUAAUGACCCAAGAAAAAGGAGAAAAGUUAGAAAUGGCAAACCCUCAAGACACAUACAUGCAUACACCCUCUGUGACCAUCAUUCGUAGCCAUGAUGUCAGUUCUGUGCAAUUUAUUCCACUAUGUGACGUCCUUUUGCUAUUCUGUAAAACUGGGAAAUUGCUGCCAAUUCAGCAAAAAUACUUUCCCAGAUGUUCACACGUUGCAGACGGACAACACAAAGCCAUAAUUCCACAAAGCAAAAAAAACUUUGAUAAAAUGAAGGAAAGCUCAUCAUGUGCAGGUGCAUGAAAUUCCAGAGUGACUAUUCACUUCCCGCCACACUUCCAAAAGUUACUAAAUGGAAGCUGGACCUUACCAAAACUGAUGAUUGAAAAGCACUAAGCAGGUAAAUGUGAGCUCAGCUGCACUCUUAUUUACUUUUUGUAAAAAGCUUAGUUUAAGUGCUUGUGUUAAAGGGUGAGUUACGAGGGAGAUGCAUAUUUUCUUACUUAACUGGUAUAGUGGUAUAUAAGUUAUAAUAUAUUGGUUUAAAUUGUGUAAAAGUGAAAGAAACAAAUCACACAUGACUUCUGCUGCUGUAGAGCCUGUUUUAUAAGCAUAACAAAGACAUUUAGGAGAGUUUGGGAGUUGCAUAACAGAUGGUAGAGGGGUCAUGGGCAGGAAGUCUUUUGGUAGACAGGAAAGGCCUUUCCCCACCUUCCAUUAGCUGCAACAACACAUUAAAGCUGUGGACAGAGAAAGGGAGGGGUCACUAAGGUGAAGAGAAAAUGAUGAAGAGUGAUGUAGGUAGAAGAAGAGAGAGGUUAUUGGAAAAAUAGAUGUGGGCAGAGUGGAGACUUGCAGCAUGACAGCUGUAGCGGACACAAAGGCCAAACAACACAAGUUUGGGGGACUUCAGUGACGACUUAUGGAAUAUGCAGCGAAAAUUCCUAAUUCAUUUUAGGGAGACAGAAGAGGCAGAGAGCCCUAAACGCAGCAUCCGGGACAGUGGCUACAUUGACUGCUGGGACUCUGAGCGCAGCGACUCUCUCUCUCCGCCACGCCACGGGCGCGAGGAUUCAUUCGACAGCCUGGACUCCUUCGGAUCACGCUCAAGACAAACCCCGUCACCAGACGUCCUGGUCGCCCGCGGCAGCAGUGAUGGCCGUGGCAGCGACUCGGAGUCUGACGGCGCUCCUCACCGGAAGAUGCCAGAUGUUCGUAAGGAUGACAUGUUGGCACGACGGACGUCUGUCAGCGAGCCACGAACCGCCGUACCCUUUAACCAGUACCUGCCCAACAAGAGCAACCAGAGUGGAUAUCUGCCAACGCCACUACGCAAAAAGAGCAACGACAAAGAGGAGGGAGGACGCAAGAGCUGGAGUACCGCCACUUCACCUGUAGGGGGUGACAGACCUCUUAGUACUCCAGCUCGCUCGUGCUCAGAGGAAUUCUUCCACCAUUCGUCGACCCUAGCAGCAAAUGCCACGGCCGCCUCCGUGUUUCAAACGAGCCCCAUCAACACAGCUGGGAAGCAUUCACCUGUGACACACCAGGAGGAUGUCGCAAUAAGGAAAGGAGUUCCUGGUUCUCUGGUAGCUGCAGAUGCAAAAGGAGAUGAUAAACAGGCUUGUCAAAUACCGACCUCACCCAAAUGUAUCGUCACCCUGAGUCCGUCUAGCUUCCUUCCUGUGCCCACUGCCAUGGCAACCGCAUCAACAGAAACGACUGAUACGUGCCGGCAGAAGGGAAAGCCACAGACUGAAAUGGAUGAAGGCACGUCUUGGGUGGACAGCAGUCUUCCAGCAAAGAGUGUGAGUAUGAUCGACAUGCGUGGUGAGGAAGAAGCCACGUUACAGCCGCACAGUCAGGUGCGUCAUGAGCGGAUGCAUAACCAGUACAACAAAAUGAAGGAAGAGGAGGACCACUGGCAGGAUGACCUGGCCCGAUGGAAAAGUCGGAGGAGGAGUAUUUCCCAGGAUCUGAUCAAAAAGGAGGAGGAAAGGAAGAUGAUGGAGCGCCUGAUGUCAGGAGACACCUAUACCUCUCAGAGGAGAAGAAGCAUCAAGACCUAUAGGGAGAUAGUAGAGGACAAGGAGCGUCGUGAGGAGGAUCUACGGCAGGCAUACAAGAAAGCCAAAACUCCUGAGGAGGCGACUGCCAUUCUCCAACGUUACGCCCAGCGUUUCUCCAUAAGCGAAACAGUCCUCGAACGCCUGCAGCUGCCAAAGUUGUUGGACCGCAGCAUAUCCGCUGACCCCUCCUUCCCCACCUCACCUUUCCCACUCUCCCUCUCCCUGUCAGCCUCUCCCACGACACCAGACCCUUUCGAUUCUGACUUCAAUGGGCCCAUGAGGUAUCUGCGCCAGCAGUCUGCCCCGACUCCAAAGUUUACUUCUACAUUUGAGGCGCGAAUUGAGGAGUUUCCCAAAGAACCGUCCUCACACCAGCGGUCUCAGAUACGCUCUCGCUCCUCUGAACCGCCAUCAACCCGAGCCCUGUCACCCAAACCGGUGCCUUUGCUGAUGCCCAAGCCUUAUUUCCAGGUCCGACCUGCAGGAGGUGAAACUUGGAACAACAAGGUGGAUGGUUUGCUGCGAGUAAAUGGUAACGUUGGAAGUGACGAUGUUCCCACCACACCUGAGAGUCAAGGGAGGGACUCGCCUCCCCAUUUUCAGGCAUCCCCUUCCCAAAGCAAAAACAGCACUGUAGAUGGUGCUGUAGAUGUUCCCUUGUCAGAAACCUCACUCCCUCACAGUACCCACACCUCUUCUAGGGAAGGAAGUCCAGUGUCAACAAAGGCAAAGGAGACACAAGAUGUUACAGAGAUAGCUUCUGAGGACACUCAGGAGGUCCAGGAGGAGAAAGUCACUGAGUCAACACCACCCAGCCGGCCCACCUCACUCCCAUCAGAGCUGCAGAAGCCACAGGAAAGCUUUGGAAAGACUGGAAACCAGACAGCAGCUGCUUCAGAGGAAGAAAAGCCAAAUGCUGUAGCUCAUCAAAACCCACCUGCAGGUAAAGCCAAACAAGAACAAGAAAUGUCCAAACCAUCUAGUGAAGACCUCUCUAAUCUUGUCCAGUCUGGGGUUGAUAUACAGUCAUAUCAGCCAGCCAAUGAUCCCUGCUCCCAGGAGCUCUUACAGAGGUCAGAGAUGUCAUCAAGCUCGGCUCCACCAGGAUCAUCUGGUUAUCACCAGCAAUGGGGAACAAAAGCAGAGCUUGCAAACAGUGUCAGGUCUUCGUUGGCAACCAGCAGCCCUAAAUUACGCUGGGAGUUCUUCGCUCCUCAAGAAGAGGCGGAAAAGGAUCACCGUGGAAAUGUGUCAGUUCCGGUGUUACCCCAGGCCAAGCGGGGAGACCGCUGGUCUUGGGACCCGGAUGAGGAGCGAAAGCGUCAGGAAAGGUGGCAGCAAGAGCAGGAGCGCAUGCUGCAGGAGAAGUACCAGCGUGAGCAGGAGAAACUGAAGGAGGAGUGGGAGAAAGCACAGAAGGAGGUGGCAGAGGAGGAGAGGAAGUACCACGAGGAGGAGCGUCGGAUACUGGAGGAAACCGUGACGCCUCUGACGCCCCGCUCCUCCGCCCUGCCCUCCCCCAGUCGAGGUGAACUCUCCUCCAUCCCAACUGAUCCUCAGGACACUAUCGUUCGUUCUCUUGCUGACUGGGAACGUAAACAGGAACUGCUGGAGAGGCAGUCGAGGGAGAGCACAGAGAGCGUGGAUCUGAAACGGAGAGAAAAUGACCGGACUAGUGACAUCAGCACCGCUGAUGACAGCAUGAAAACAGCCAGAAGCUCAAUGAGUCAGAGCAGCAGUCAGGUGGAGAAAUUUGGUCACAGCCUACAGAAUGGCCAAAAGGUUCCUCCGGUGCUGGCCAAGUCUUCAACUCCAGUCAAGAAACAACAAGAACUCCCAGCAGACGGCAGCAAACCUCCAGGAGGACGAAGGAGUGGCCCUAUUGAUAAUAACAUGGGCCGCAGCUCAUCAAAAACCCCUGCAGCAUGCCCACCACCCUCUGACGCACUGCCUCCAGCACCCAACAGGUCUGUCAGUGGGAAGAAGCUGUGUUCCAGCUGUGGUCAGCCAUUAGGGAAAGGGGCUGCCAUGAUCAUAGAGACCCUCAGCCUCUAUUUCCACAUCCACUGCUUUAAGUGUGGCGUGUGUAAAGGACAGUUAGGCGAUACAACCACAGGGACGGAUGUCCGAAUAAAAAACGGCCUCCUCAACUGCCACCAGUGCUACAUCCGCUCCCGCUCUGCCGGACAGCCAACCACAUUGUGACGCUCGACUGACAAGCACAAGGUUCAAAGGAAGAACCCCCCCAUCCCUGUUUUAACCUGAUUAUCUGCAAAUCACGUCCUUCGCAGCGUGUCAGAAUCUUUGCAUCUUCUGCAGUUCGAUAACCAUUCAAGAUUCAUUAUGUGGCCCAAAUGUGGGGGAAAAAAAAAAUCUUCAUAUGUGUGUCAUCUGAUGCAUGAGUGAAAUCUGGAUUUGAUUGGUCCUCAUGCCACCACAGACUGUGUUUCAUCACGCAGCAGCGAGAAAAAGACUGCUCUGAGGCGGCAGCCAUGUUGAAAAGAAAACACAUCUGCAGAUGCUUCAAACACAGGUAGACUAUGUUGAUGCCCUGUACUGUCUGAAUGAACACACAAAAACAAACAAGGUGUUCAAAAAUGUGAAUUAUUGCCAGUAUAUUACAUCACUUUUUAUCGUUUAAGAGAGAUUUUCUUAAUUUGGAGGGAUAAGCAUCCAAAAACUGGAAAGAAUAUAGAUUAUGUGGUAAGGCAGCUAGGCAGACAGAGAGCCUAAACAGGUUUAAUCCAAAACACAUUAAUAAAUGUAUCCUCCUUCAGUUAAGUGAUAAAUUACAGCAAACAGAUAUAGAAAGUGCAAUAAAGGUGACUAUUUAGACUCAAAUACAAUAUAGAGCAAGCCACUAUUUUUAUCCUUUGGCCCUUGCAGUGACCUCCAGUGUCUCUUUUUCUUUACAGAAUAAAAUUAGCUUCGAGUAUAAAGACAUAGUAUGGAUGUAGGUUCAUCAUUAGGGCAAUAACAGAACUUAAAAGCUGGUUUUGUGCUUUUGGGUCACAGCAGGUUGUUCCUCUUCCAAUCUAUCAGCUUGGAAAGUCAAGACUUCAAUGUGCCUUAGGAAAGCAAGGUGAUGCAGGAAAAAACACCAGCUGUAUGAUGGUGUUUUAUUUCUCCUUUAUUUUAUGUUGUUUUAUUUUAUUUUGUUGGAGGGAUCUGGCCAAAUUUUAAACUGCAGACAAGAAGGCUGCAGCUCUCCCUCACAUCACGCUUUAUUUUAGUUGAUAAGUACUGUUUAUUUUCACUCAAAUUUGAUUUCAUAAUUCCCCCGCCUCCCUUCCUCUGUGGUUUGCAGUGCUAUAAAAAAUGCAAAGACUGGAAUAAAAUGAAAUAAAGCGUGUGAUGUCUACUUGGUAAAAGACAGAUUAUGUAUACUGCAGGGGGAAAUUUCAUUUAAUUUGGAUGUUUUAUUCUAGAGUGAUAUAGACUUCUCUAUGCUUUUAAUUGAGGUAAUUUUGAUAAUGGCUCAAUGAUAGAAUUCAUUUAUACCUUGAAAAUUAAAAAAAAAAAAAUCACUAAUACACGUUAUUACUAGGUAAAGAGCAAAAAUACUAUAAACAUAUACCAGCAGCAGCUGCACCUGUGCAAUAUUUGGUUGGAUGAAAACUAAAGAUUUGUGGCGCUGGCUGCACAUUUUCAGUCACUUGCUUCUUUUUUAAGGUGUAUGAGAAGAGCUCUUCCUGUUAUGUGUUGUGGAUGUAAUGAAAAAAAGUGCACGUUUAAGCCUAAAACCAAAUGAUUUGCUGUAUGAAAGCAAACUAGCAAACAGCCUCCUUUUUCUCCUCCUGAACUGUGUCCUAUAGCCAAGCUUCCCCUCUGGGGUCAUCUCUUGAUCUACAGUAUUUUUAAACUUCUGUUAUGAUUGUGUAUUUUUUUUUCUCAAUUUAGUUAACGAAUAAUUGUCAAGCCCAGUCUCUUAUAGCGGGAUCUUUGAGACGGAGCUCUAUAUUCAGACGGUCAUCUUAUCGCAGGAUAGUUGGGGAAUGAAACCUUUUACGUCUGUUCUGUAUUUAUUGUAAUAUUCACCUGAGCACUAUGCGAAAUAUAGAUUAAUUUGAUGUUUAAAUGCAUUUGCAUUUAUAGCAUACUGUAUGUUUAUAAAUAAAAUGUUAUACAUUAA